GUGGAGAGGAAUCAUUUUACGCGGUAAAUGAAAAGAGGCUAUUCUAUGUAUAUUGUAAAAGGACAAUUGCUAAGGGCAGGGUCAGCCGUGGUGGUCCACGAGGCUACAAGCAGUUGGUAUGCUGUUGCAAUCUAAUGCGUUUUAGCUUUGUAAAAGACUAGACAUAGAUGGUAGGUCCCACUCAUCCGAUGUGGCAUCCUUGAGUUCCAGAAAUGAUGUGUCAAAAUUUCAGUAGCUGAGUACAAGACAACUUCUCUGGCAAGUUAAGGUAAGGUAAGGAGAAGACUUUACAGUAACAUAGUCAACUGAUGGUGUUGUAAAAACACCAUUCACUUCCCUACUCACUCCACCCCACUCCAGCUCUCAUUGCUAUUUGUGCUCACACGGAGAAAAAAAAACGCCGCACAGAGAGCGAAACCCAAAAUCCUCAGCUCUGGGAUUCCCAGGCCUCAUCAGGAGUCGUUUUCUCAUUAUUUAGUACCCAGGAAGCUUUUUUUCCCGCCUCAGUUUGUUUACCUUAUCCUCAAGUCUCUCUCUAUCUCUCUCACACAAAAAAAAAAAACAAAAAUGAGUAGCAACCCAUCAGUUGUGCCUGUAGGAUUGACGUUCAGUCCCACGGACCAGGAGGUGAUCGAUUACUAUUUGAGGCUGAAGCUUCUGGGAAUGGAUUCCGAGGUCGAUCCUUACAUUGCUGAGGUCGAUAUAUUGGAUUUUGACCCUUGGGAAUUACCUGCUAAAUCGAAAUUGAAGUCGAAUAAUAAUGAGUGGUGGUUCUCGUCUCGGUCGUUUUACAGGACCUCGAGCUCCGAUAGGAAAGGAAGGAAGACUGAGACAGGGUCCUGGAAAAUAACCGGAAAGAGAAAGAAAAUAGGUAGCGUAGGAGAGAAGGCAUAUCUUACUUUCUACAAAGGUGGUAAGACCGAUUGGACUAUGCAGGAGUAUUCUAUUCCUGUCCACAAUAAUCACCUUCAUCAGAAGUACACCAAUGUCAUUUGCUGCUUGAGGUUGAAAACUGAUAACAAAGGCAGGAAGGCUAAUAAGCAAAAGUCUGCUCAUGUUAUUUCUCACUCGAAGAAGAAAGGGCGGAAAGCCAAUGCUCCAUGCUGCAAGGAAGGUGAAACUAGUGGCGACAAUAUCACUCCUGAUCUUGAAAAUCCAGUAGCAUCUGCUGUAACUCCACUGGUACAUGGUCACGAUGAAGUGAAUCAUCAGCAAUUCUCGCCAAUGCUCUUACCAGGAUCCAGCUUCAUAGAGCACACAUUGAGUUUGAUGCUCGACUACGAGAUGCAAGUUGCAUCUGGAGAAAAUGGUGAAGUAAGUGGAAAAACCACUUCUGAUCUUGUUCUUGAAAAUCCAUCAGCAUCUACUGAUAUUAGUCCAUUGGUACAAUGUGAUGAUGAGGUGAGUUGUCAACUAUCUUCGCAAAUAUACUCACCAGAUUUCAGCGAGAAGAUGUUGAGUUCUCUGCUUGACAAUGCGAUACAAGCUCCAUCUGGAAUAGAUGGUGAAUUAAGUGGCCAAAUCUUUUCUGAUUUUGCUCACAUGCUCGGCAAUGAGAAGCUAGUUCCAUCUGGAGAAAAUGGUGCAAUAAGUGGCCAAACAUCUUCUGAUAUUGAAAAUCAAUUAGCACAUGCUGUUAUAAGUCCAUUGCUACAUUGUCCCGAUGAAGCAAGUAGUCAAUUAUUCUCCCCAGAUUCCAGCUUCAAAGGGAAGACGUUGAGUUUUAUUUCUGACAAUGACAUGCAUGUUCCAUCUGGAGCAUAUGGUGAACUAAGUGGAAUAUCCACAUCUGAUCUUGAAAAUCCACUAGCAUCUGCUGUUGUCAGUUCUUCAGUACAAUGUGAUGACGAUGCGAGUUGUCAACUAGUCUCACAAAUAUACUCACCAGAUUCCAGCAAGCAGAUGUUAAGUUCUCUGCUUGACUACAAGAUACAAGCUCCAUCGGGAACAGAUGGUGAAUUAAGUGGCCAAAGCUCUUCAGAUUUUGAUAAUCAAGUAGCAUUUGUUGCACAUUGCGAUGACGAAAUGAAUCGCCAUCUAUCUUGGCCAAUGUACUCACCAGAUGUAUCAAAUGAGUAUUAUGUGAAAUUUGCAGAUCCAUUUGUUGUUGAUCGUGAAGAAAACGACAAUAGAACAACAACAGGUCUUUUCAGUACUUAUAGAACUUCAUCAAAAAGGCCAUAUGUGUAUUUUGAUGGCCAAUUUAUGGGUGAAGCACACACUGAAGAAGUCAAUGAACGAGCAAAGAGAUGUGUUUAUUGGCCAUUGGAUGGUUAAUCCAAUAGCUAAUGAACCCUGUAGGAGGAUAUCACUAGGAGAUUUAGUUGUAAUGAUAUUCUUCUAUGGAUCUUUGUUUCUUUACGCGUUAAUAGUUCAUUUUCUUAGAUCAACCUCCUUGGAGACAACAGAAUGGAGAGUGUUAAGUUUCAAGAGUUCUACCCAAAGUUAGUUUUUUGAUAAUGGGUAGAGUAACUCGUGAUGAUCUUAUAAGAUAAUCUUAUAAGUGGGUUAAUAUUCCCACAACUAUUCAAUGGGGGCACUGUUAUAUGCCCAUUCGAGAGAGUGAAUUAGUGACACUUUUUUAGUACUAAUUUUGAACUCUAGUGGCUGUUUAUGGCACUAUUAUUUUGGAGCGAAUAAUCGUUUCAAUUAUUUGGUUAUUAACCAUGUUAGAACAAAGGUAUGGAGAUUUAGACAGUAUGGGGAAAGUUUAUUUGACGAGAGAAUAAGAAGACAGUAAAAUGGAGAAAAUUUUAAGAUCCAUGGUAUUUCAACUCAAAAUUUUUUUAGUAAUGAGUAAAGGAGCCAUGAUCUUAUAAGUGGGUACAUGUAUUCGGUUGUUUGAGCUAUUGGUUGUUAGAAUAAACAUAGGUUUUGAAAUUUGGAGAGUAAGAUGAAGACUUAGAAGAGUAGAAUGGAGAGUAUGUUAAAGAUCUUUGGUGUUUCCAACUCAAAAUCCAUUUUAAAUGGUACUGAAUAAAAGAGAAAUUGAUUCCCAAGUACAGCUGCCUGAUCGUACCCUUGCCUUAAAGAACUUCAACAGUUAAGGAUUCAUGAAGAAUACUUUUAGGAAUUGGAGAUUUCUCAGGAGGACUAUUGGAAUGUCAGGUUUUCUUUUUCUCAGAGGCAAAGAUCCAGCUGCAGAAGAACUUUUUGUCUGCGGCAACAUCUGGAAAAUGGAAACAAGACCAGAGAAGCUGCAAAACAACUUGUUUAUGUUUGACUGGCCCAGAAAGGUCAGGUUUGUAGAGUCUCAACAAUGUCUUGAGAAAAGGUUUAAAGCAGCAACUUGGAGAAGCACUUGAAGUCUGCAAUCAGUAGUGGAAGAGUUUCGUAUCUUUGUGGAAGCUUAAUCUAUCUUGAUCUGUAGUUCUACUAACUUAUUUCAUGUAUUGAAGGGCAAGAUUUCAUUCCUGCAAUGGUGUUUGCGGAAGCAGGAACUAUAAUUCAGUAGGAGUUCCUUUCUUUGGCUCUUUUAUUAUUAGUCCAAAGGUAAAGAUUACUACAAUGCUGCUAUGAUUGGGGGUGUAAGAACAUGACAUUUCAUCACCACUUUAUAUGGCGUUAAAUCCUACUCCAUGUAUGUUGAUGCAGCACUACUAUACUUUAUCACUGGUUAUACAUGUGCGGCGGUUUCGUUUCACCGAAAUUUCACGGCAACAUACUGUUGCGGUUCAACUUUGUUAUGUACUUUAAUAUCAACUUCUUAUGUAUGCCUUUAAAUUCUGUGGAGCUUUAUAUGAUAUCUAUCAAUUUUAUCUUGUUGGCAGCAUAAAAAUCAGAUGCCAUUAAGUGACAUCUUUACUCUUACUCAUACUUCACACACCCCUACCCAAACACAUCUGGAUUAUCGUGUUAUUAUAGUGCAUUCUGAUACAAUAAAGUGUGACUUAUAGGA